UUGAACACACCAACCGAUGCCGAUAAAGAGCUGUCGCAUUCGCUGAAGCAGCUGUCCCUCUCGACUGGCUCUCCUGCCAGCAACUCCCCUCGUACGCCGAGCGCCCUGUCACCCUUGAGACCAGCUGUCAAUAGGGCGUCUCCCGGCCCGGUCCCCAGUCCUCGAAUGCCGUCCCGGAGCCCCUCCUUCGCGAGGGAGCUGUCCCGGUCCCGAUCUUCGACCCCGACCCUGCAGCAGCGAUCUGCAACACCUACCCUCCAGCGCAAAACAUCCACGAGCUCUCUGCACUCGGUCAGCGGUCCCUCAAGCCGUACCCCGAGCCGGGCGCCCUCGCGACGCACGAGCCUGGCACAUGCCUCUUCGCCGGUUGCCAAGUCUCCUCUUCGAACGAGUCCUCCUGAAUACAUCAAGCCCCCGCCUACUGCAAACACGAUUGCUCGCGACUACUUCAAGACGGAACUGGCAACGCAUCACUCUCCGCUUUCGACGCUUGGCACAGAGACAGUCGUCAUUCUGCACGAUGCAUGCUACGGACACCGUUUCUCCCGCCCAAAGACUUCGAAGGGUGCCCUCAGCACCAUUGUCGAGCGACCAGAGAGAAUCAAGGCCGGUGUGCUGGGCGUGGCAAUGGCAUAUGUGCGACUGGGAGAGCGACAUUGCGACGGCUCCUAUCCCAUUCACCCGAGCCUCAAUCCCACUACCAUUCCGAACAUCCCGUUCCGGAUUUACAAAACCGAACGCAGGCUGCCUAUCACUUCACAGGCUGUGACCAACGUGCAUGGCACUAAGUGGAUGGAGGAGCUGAAGAUGAUGUGUGAUGUCGCAGAGGCAAAGCUGUCAAUGGGGGGCAAGGAGCUUCAGCGACCGGAAAUGAACCGAGGCGCAGAUGGACCUCCCGCCAAGUUCCAUGAAGGUGACCUAUACCUCUGUUCGGAGUCUCUGGAGGCCUUCGAGGGCGCGCUGGGUGCCGUGUGUGAGGCGGUCGACAGGGUUUUCACUUCAGGUCCUCGACGCGCAUUCGUUGCAGUACGUCCACCGGGACAUCACUGCUCAGCUUCUUAUCCCUCGGGCUUCUGCUGGGUCAACAAUGUGCACGUUGGAAUCAUGCACGCCAUUCUUAAUCACGGCUUGACGCAUGCUGCUAUUAUCGACUUCGACCUUCACCACGGCGACGGCUCACAAGCUAUUGCAUGGGCCCACAACUCGCGGGGUGUGAACAUGGCCAAGAACGCUGCCGCCUGGAAGAAGGCCUCCAUCGGCUACUUCAGCUUGCAUGACAUCAACUCGUACCCAUGCGAGAUGGGUGAUGAGGAGAAGGUCAAGAAUGCAAGUCUAUGCAUUGACAAUGCCCAUGGUCAGAAUAUGUGGAACGUCCACUUGGGAUCUUGGGAUUCGGAGCAGGAGUUCUGGGACUUGUACGAAUCUAAAUACUCGAUCAUCCUCGAGAAGACACGCAGCUACCUGAAGACUCAGUCGGCUCGUGUUCGCGCCCUCAACCUGCCACCGAAGGCGGCCAUUUUCUUCUCUGCAGGAUUUGACGCCAGCGAGUGGGAGACGAAAGGCAUGCAACGUCAUAAUGUGAACGUUCCGACCGAGUUUUACGCCCGCAUUGCCCAGGACGUCGUCAAGCUUGCCGCGGAGGAGGGCUUAAGUGUUGAUGGCCGUGUCAUCAGUGUUCUCGAAGGAGGCUACAGCGAUCGUGCGCUGUACUCUGGCAUCUUCAGUCAUUUGAGCGGACUCUCAGGGGAUCAAACAGUAUCAGAGCCUACUCGAGGCCGCCCGUCGCUGGGUUACGAAAUGGGACAGAGAAUAGGGGCAAUCCAGGAGGGUCAGCCGAUUCCGGAGAAGGACCCGUCCGCGCCGUCGCUGCACCCGUACAAUCCGUCUUGGUGGGCGUCUUCGGAAUUGGACGAGCUCGAAGUGGCCAUGGGCAAUCGCCCAGCGAGUCCACGAAUGAUACGACAAGUGACUCCAGGAAACUACUCGACGCCCACGGCAGCAUCCAUCGGUAAGGCCGUUGAUCCUACCAGGCUGAGGCGCAUGGCUUCCGGCCACGGCGUGGCCUAUUCGCGGCCACCAACUCCCCCUCCUCCCGACGUUCACUGGACCGUCGCAGCACACGAGCUGAGCAGACUUCUCAUUCCCUCGGACCGCCAGGUCGACAGCUGCAAGCCCGAGGAUCUGAAUGCGGAGGCGACGAAGGCACGAAGAGAUCGUCAAUCGAUUCUCAACCCUGACCUUGUGCCGCCUCCACCUCCAGCACCUGCUCCGGUCGAAAGGCCGACUUCCCGCAUGUCGUUGCGGGAGCGCAAACCUGUCACUUACGCGGAAGAGGAUGACAAACAGUCCAAGAACAGGCGGAGGACCGUUGCCGGUGCCCCCGCCCUAUCGGCUGACAAGGCCACUGCCCGAGGCAUCCCGUCGGAUGCGAACGGGGCGGCCAAACGCCCGGGUCGACGUCUUAGUGCUGCGUCUUCCGUGGUUUCUACUGCAUCUACAAUGCCAUACGAAACCAAUGGCGUCGCUUCUCGCCCCGACACAUCGAUGACCAUACGCCCUGAAACCUCGAUGACUAUGCGCCCCGAUACUUCGAUGACGAUGCGGCCUGAGACUUCGAUGACCAUUCGCCCAGAGUCCUCAAUGAGCGUGAGGACCCAGGCCGGCCCGUCCUUGAACGUCAAGAAGACGCGAGCUCCUGCCGCUAAGAAGGAGGUCCCCAAAAAGGAGGCCCCCAAGACCACGAGAACCGUCAAGAAGCCUGCCGUACCGGCGAAGACCACGCCUCCCCAAGCUGGCCAGCCGUCCCAGCCACCCAAGCCUAAACCCAGCCCAGCUGCUGGCCCAGAGGAUGACAUGGACAAGCUCACCGCUGGUAUGAAGAAGAUUAAGAUCAACUUGAUUACCAAGACGCAGAAGGAAGAGCGGGCCAAGGCUGCUCAAGCUGCCCAGGCUGCGCCGAAGGCAGCGACACCGCCGGUUGUUGAACAAGCUCCUGCAGAGCAACCUCCUGUUGAGCAGCCUAUCGUCGAGCAGCCUAUCGUCGAGCAGCCUCCCAUCGAACAGCCUUCCAUUGAGCAGCCUCAGUCUCCCGCAUUCCAAGAGCCGAAGCCGAGCACACCAGCUCCUACCGAGGAGGUGGUCAUGACAACACCUCCGCCAAUCGUCACUCCGCCCCAGGAGGACCCCGUCGUUACUCCCCCCAAGAGCGAACCCAUUACCACACCGCCAAUGGAGCCGGAGGACUUGAAUUACAUGUCUUCGCCUGACCCGCUGGCACCAACGCCCCAAGUCCCGAAAUCCAUUACUGAGCCGAUGUUGUCGAUCGCGCGCCCAGACCCUCUCCAGAUAGAACUGCCCGCCAGUUCUCCUGUGGUCACUCCGGCGGUGGAAACGCCUCCUGGCCAGGACGUUUUCAUCAAUUAUCAGCCCGAGGGACCUGCACCUAUUACGAUGACGCCCACGGAGCCAUUGAAGUGGCUGCCGCCCAACGAGAAUACACCAGUCAAACCAUCACCGGGGAAGUCACCAGCGAAGUCUCCAACCAAGGUCUCACCGCCGAAGAAGUCGCCGACGAAGCCAUCGCCGGCCAAGUUGUCACCGCCCAGAGCAUCGUCUUCUAGGGCCCCGGUAGCUAAGAUGAAGCGGGCUAACCUUCCUGUCUUUACCUCGACAUCGGCCAUUCCAUUCGCACAGCCGAAGAAGAACGGCUCACCGAAACCCAAGGCCGAGCCGGUCGUCAAGGCCGAACCAGCAGAGUCGGCCAAGUCUGCCCGGGAGAUUCCUGAGACGCCGCAAAAGUAG